AUGCUCGGCUUCACAGCCUCUCGCACACAGAUCGCCGCAUAUCUGUUCGGCGUAGCUCUAUUCUCCAUCUCCUUCCUCGUGUUCCUGAACUCCGCCAUCAGCUUUGUUAUCACGCAACGAAUUGGACAGAGGCACAACGUUGGGAAUGCGGUCGGGACGCUGGGUUUUGCGGAUGAGCUUGUCGCGCUGGUGGCCUGUCCGGCAUGGGGUCUGUUGAGCGACCGCGUUGGAGUAAGAGCUGUUGCGGUACUAGGUUACACUAUCGUGGGCAUAAGUCUUUGGGUCUUCGUCCAGGCAAAGAAUGUAUAUCCGCAGCUGCUUCUUGCGAGACUGUUCUUCAGUCUAGGUGCAACGGCCACGUCAGUUGUCGUUCCGGGCUUCAAUACCGCACUGACACUAACGCAGCGCAACCAUGACGAUCCUCGAACUCCCCGCCGUGCUUAUGGAACGUCACAUACUAUGACACCCUCGAUAUCUUCAGAACUGACAAUCACCCCAGCUCGCUUCCAGUCAAACUCGGUGCCCACGGAUCAUCCCUUAGAGCGCGAUUCUGGUGCUUCAGCUUCACACCUGGCAGGACUUGUCGGCAUGUUCACAGGAUGCGGUGCCCUAGUGGCACUUCUCGUCUUCCUUCCUCUGCCUACACAGUUUCAGAAGGCUGGUCGCAGUCCCGGAACAGCAAUUGCCGAUGCAUUCUACGUUGUUGGAGCCAUUGCUCUCUUGGUUGCCGGCGGGUUGUUUUUCGGCCUCCGAAGACUACCUGGGGAAGAGGGGAAAGCACUGAAACAUAUCUGGCACCCUAGUCCGCCAAAGGAGGAUACCAUUCUCAACGGCAGAGAGAAGAUGCUAUCGCUGCCUCUUCAAUUCUGGGAGAGCAUCAAGCUUGGCUUCAAGUCGCGUAAUGUCGGCCUGGGGUAUCUGGGCGGAUUUGUUGCCCGUGCCUCCUCUGUAGCGGUGUCGCUUUAUAUUCCGCUUUUUACCAAUACGUACUUUCUCCGGACUGGAGAGUGUUCAGUCAACCCAGACGAUCCUCUCGACAUCAAGCACUGCGCACGCGCAUAUAAGCUCGCUGCCGCGUUGACCGGAGUUAGUCAGCUUGUAGCACUUAUUAUGGCUCCGUUUUUUGGUUUUCUCUCUGCACGAUACCCGAGGUUCAACAUCCCAUUGUUAUCUGCCGCAUUGGCCGGUGUUGUAGGCUACUGUGCGUUUGGAGCACUACCCAGUCCUGACCCUCGGAGCCACGAUGGCUCUGGUGCAGUGUUUUUGGUUGUCGCUCUCCUUGGAUUCAGCCAGAUUGGCGCGAUUGUGUGUUCCCUAGGACUUCUUGCUCGAGGCAUCCAUAACGAUGGAGGUGGAGAAGAUGACUCAACACCCUCGGAGGACCACCGCGCAGAGGAAUAUCACGACAACACCACGCAUGUAUCAGCAGGGUCGACACCGGCUGCGACGCCUAGCGUGGAAGAAGAAGCACCGCUGUUGACAAAUCCUCUGCACUCAACAGAGAGCUCUGCUGAGCCGAAGAGCCUAGACCAUUUGAAAGGCACCAUUGCCGGCACCUACAGCCUGUUUGGCGGAGCGGGUAUACUUCUUCUAACGAAGGCAGGAGGUGCUCUAUUUGAUUCAACUGGACCUGGCUCUCCGUUCUUUAUGAUGGCCUCCUUCAAUGCUCUGCUCCUUGUUGUUUGCGUGGUGCUGGGCGUUGAGGAAGCUAUUCAGGGGCGGCGGCGGCAGGGUAUGGCAUCGUGA